AUGUCUCCACCCAAGAUGCCAAAAGUUGGCCGUGCUUCUGCUGCUUUGGUCACUUUGGCACUCCUGUGGCAUGGUCGUCCUUCGAGCUUCACCUUGCAGCGCGUGAGCUAUGGCCAGAAGCUGGCACAAGAGGGGGAUCUGCUGGUGCCUGAAGGGCGGUGCAGGGGACUGGUGAUGCUCAUCCAUGGGGGGUUUUGGAAGGCUGGCUUUGAUCGGAGCCUGGAAAUCCAGGUGGCAAACUAUCUCAUCUCUCAGGACUUGUGCGUGUGGAAUGUGGACUAUCGAGCCGUGGGCUCCGGCGGUGGCUACCCGCAGACUUUGUCGGAUGUGUCGCAAGCGCUGGCCUGGCUCGGAACUGGCGAGGCAGAAGGCUUGGGGGUCUCCAAGGAUCUCCCACUGGUGGUGGUGGGGCAUUCGGCUGGGGGGCACCUGGCAGCCUGGCUGGGCCUGCAAAGCUUGCUGGAGGACAAGGAGCAGCUGAGACCGCGGCUGGUCAUUGCUCAGGCGGGGGUCUUGGAUUUCAAAAGCGCCUAUGAGGCCCACCUGGGUCAGGGUGCGGUAAGGGACUUCCUCGACACACCUUUGCCGGAGUCCUGUGCCAGUCCGCUCCUGGCCGCCGCGAAUGGCGCCGUCGCGGACCUCUUGUCGAAGCCUCGGCCGGAUGCGGAAAAGCGCCUAUCAGCCUCUGACCCGUUGACGCUGCUGCGCCGAGUGCCCCCGCAGCGCUGGACAUCCGAGGCGCCCGCUUUCGGUUUGAUCCACGGGGCAGAGGAUCGGAUCGUGCCCCCCGAGCAGAGCCGCGCCUUCCAUGAGGCCUUCCCGGGCAAAAGUGUUCUGCAGGAGGUGCCUGGCGAAGGACACUUCGAGCAUUUGCAGUGCGAGUCCCGGGUGUGGUCACUGGCGGCGGAGCUGAUUGACUCCUAUCUCUGA